AUGGACCAAGGCAACACGACUCUCCCACCAACCACUGGGGUGAAUUCCAGCCAAAACCCAGCAGGUUUGAAUGCCACUUACCUGGCCUCUGCAGUGUUGCUCUUCCCCACCUUCCUGGUGGGUGUGGUGGGGAAUGGGUUGUACCUGUGGGUGCUGGGACUGAAGAUGAGGAGGACGGUGACCACUCUCUGGUUCCUGUCCCUGGUCUCCUCUUACCUCCUCCUCACCCUGCUGAUCCCCUUCUUCAUCAUCUCCCUCCUCAUGGGUUUACACUGGGUCUUUGGCAUGGCCAUGUGCAAGAUCCUCAACACCUGCAUCUCCGUGGGCAUGUUCUCCAUUGUCUUCCAUGUCACCCUCAUCAGCCUGGACCGCUACACUCUCACUCACCAUCCCAUCUGGUCCCGGAAUCACCGCACCAUGUCCCGGGCUAGGAAGCUGGUUGUGGGCAUUUGGCUGGCUUCCUUCGUUCUCAGCACUCCCUACCUGGCUUUCCGGGAGACCCGGAUGGAGGACGGGGACAGGAUCACCUGCAAGAAUAAUUACGCUCUUUCCAGAGACUGGAAUGGAGCCAAGAUGAAGGACAUGGGCAGACGGGUCCACCUGGCCAUUUUUACAGUCCGGUUCCUGCUGGGCUUUCUGCUGCCCUUCUGCACCAUCACGGGAUGUUAUAUCUGCGUUGUGAUGAAGAUGAAGGAGAAGAAGCUGGCAUGGGCUGGGAAGCCCUUCAAAGUCAUUGUGACCACGGUGGUUUCCUUCUUCCUUGGCUGGCUGCCCUACCACCUCUACCAUGCCUUGAAGCUCUACAAGAAGGAUGUGCCAGAGACGUUGAUUGGUGCCCUCUUUGUCAUUUACAUCUUCAUGUCCUGCUUCAAUGCUUGCUUCACCCCCAUCCUCUACAUCUUUGUGGGGGAGAAGUUCUGGCAGGUAUUCAGGACGUCUCUUCUCACUCUGGUCAAGGCGGCUUUUGUCGAUGAUCUUGGCAGCGGUGUCCUGGAGUCUAGUGGAGGACAGGGGUCAGAAGGCUAG